GAGAUAUAGUUGUGUGGUACAGUGGUAUAGUGGUACAACUGUAGUUAAUUAGCUAUACAGCCAAUCUCUUCUGUUUUAAUUGAAUCCACCUGCCACUGCCUGAAAAAAACACGUGUAAAGAAGCCUAAUUUUGGACAUGAGGUCAAGUUGUGAACCCUUUUCUAUUUUUUCACCUACAUGGCGUGAUUGUUGGCUACCACCAGCACCUCGGCAAAGCUUUAAACUGCCUGUGGACGUAGGAUCGGCCUAUCUAUUUAGUAUUUGCAACUCGGUUCUUCUCUGGAUACCAUUGGCCACUGCUAAGUUGACAGAGGGAACAGGAACUGAAUUCAAUGCUUUUGAUUGGUUAUCUUGUCCCCCAACCCGGAAAGUGCCGGUGAAAGGUAUGCGUCGUCAGUGCUCCAGAAGAUGGCGGGCGUGUUUGAGGUGGAGGUUGAUGGUGUAGAACACGAUCAUGGACACGGACACCACGAUGAGGCACAGCAGAUUGACCUGUCACAGCUUUCACCAGAGGAGAAGUGGAGGCUGGACCAUGCGAGGAUGCACGCCAAACAUAAAGGUCACGAGGCCAUGCACGCAGAAAUGGUGCUCAUUCUUAUUGUCACCCUGGUCAUCGCCCAGCUGCUCUUGGUGCAGUGGAAACAGAGGCACCCGAAGUCCUAUAAUCUGGUGACUCUGUUCCAAAUGUGGGUGGUCCCGCUCUAUUUCACCACCAAACUGCACUGGUGGAGAUUCCUCAUCACGUGGUUCAUCUUUUCAGCGGUCACCGCGUUAGUCACUUUCCGAGCCACGCGCAAGCCCCUUGACUGCACCACACCCAGGCUGGUUUACAAAUGGUUCCUGCUCCUCUACAAGUUGAGCUACACCACAGGCAUUGUAGGCUACAGUGUUGUCAUGUUCACUUUGUUCGGCAUCAAUUUAAUAUUCAGGAUAAAGCCAGAGGACGCCAUGGAUUUCGGCGUGUCCCUGCUCUUCUACGGACUCUAUUACGGCGUGCUGGGCCGCGACUUCGCGGAAAUGUGCGCUGACUUCAUGGCUUCCACCGUGGGGUAUUACAGCGCGUCGGGCAUGCCCACCAAGCACCUGUCGGACAACAUCUGUGCAGUGUGCGGCCAGCCCAUCCUGGUGGACGUGAGCGAGGAGGGCAUCAUAGAGAACACCUACAGGCUGUCCUGCAACCACGUAUUCCAUGAGUUCUGCAUACGAGGGUGGUGCAUUGUGGGAAAGAAGCAAACUUGCCCGUACUGCAAGGAGAAGGUGGACCUCAAGAGGAUGUUCAGUAACCCUUGGGAGAGGCCCCAUGUCAUGUACGGUCAACUGCUGGACUGGUUACGUUACCUGGUUGCCUGGCAGCCUGUUAUCAUUGGCCUAGUGCAAGGAAUUAACUAUAUUCUGGGACUGGAGUAAAUAUGGACACCAGAGGAGAGACGCUUGCUGGGCACAGACUGCAAAAGAACCUUUUGACGGACUAGAAUAUAUAUGUACAUAUAUAUCUAUGUGUCUAUAUAUGUAUAUGUAUAUACCGAUGUAUACAGGGACAUACUAAUCGGUUUUUGAAAAUAAUCAAAAUUUUACCAGCAGUCUUAGAUUGAAUAUUUUCUUUCCUUUUUAUGUUUUUUUUUUUUGUUUUAUUUUGUUUUGGGGCAGACUAAUCACAUGGUCCUAAUCAGUUUUGUGUGUCAAGAAUUUAAUUCAGUAAAAAAAAAAAAAAAAAAAAAAAAAAA